CGUAGCGCGACGCUAGGCAGACGUUUAGUCAGUUCGCGGCUAUCACUCAACGUAAAGCAAAGCGCGUAACCUUUUUCGAAAAAAAACUUUUAACUACCUAUUUAGUAAUAGUUAAAAAGUGUUGUGAAUAAAGUGACAAUUUUUGUUAUUAUAAUAAUUAAUCAAGGAAAUAAUCAAGUAGAGCGAUGCGGAAUAGACUGGGCGUGAUAAAAUGGCGCAUACGCGGUAUCAGUGAGCGAAAGUUGAGCACAUCCAUACAAUGCCGCGCCGACAGAAGCGAAAUAAGCACUAACAUACAAUGUCCGGUGCAAGGUCAUCGCGCCCGAUCGACUCAUGCAGCGGUCGACUCAGUCUUCGAUACCGUGUCUCCAUCAAUCAAAUCCUGGGAGGAAGUGCCUGGCCCCAAACCUUUGCCACUACUCGGCAACACGUGGCGCUUUGUACCUUAUAUUGGUGGUUAUUCCGUGGAGCACGUGGAUAAAGUAUGCUUGUCAUUACGCGAGAAAUAUGGCAAGUGCGUCAAGAUGGCCGGCCUGCUUGGCAGACCAGACAUGCUGUUUGUUUUCGAUGCUGGGGAAGUCGAAAGAGUGUUCAGAGGAGAAGAUUCAGCCCCACAUAGACCAUCAAUGCCGUCUUUGAAUUACUAUAAGCACACUCUUCGGAAAGAUUUCUUCGGUGCAGAAAAAGAUUGCGCGGGAGUUAUUGCUGUUCACGGCGAUUCAUGGGCGGCUUUUAGAACAAAAGUGUCAAAGGUGGCAUUGAGUACAAGCAGCGCCGCACAAUACACAGUACCAGUUGCUGAAGUCGCUGAUGCUUUUGUUAAUAGAAUUCGUGAAAUACGAGACGAGAAAUCUGAAACUCCGGGUGACUUUUUAAAUGAAGUUCACAAAUGGUCCUUAGAAUCUCUAGGUCUAAUAGCAUUAGACACUAGAUUGGGAUGCUUCGAGUCAGUCGAAGGUUCAGAGAGCCAGCGUCUUAUCGACGCGGUACAUACCUUUUUCAUCAGCGUGGGAGAGCUGGAGCUACGAGCGCCUUGGUGGAGGAUCUACCCGACUGCAAUGUUUAGGCGAUAUGUCGCUGCUUUAGAUACGAUUCUUAGUGUAACUCUAAGCCACGUGGAGCGCGCGCUCAAAGAGUGCCAGGCGAACGGCGGCAGCAAAUCUUUGUUACAAGACCUGGUGACGGCUGCGGGGCCUAGGGUUGCCGCGGUGGCUGCCUUGGACCUAUUCCUCGUGGGAAUUGAUACGACGUCUAACGCUGUUGCUUCGACGUUGUAUCAGCUAGCUUCUAGACCUCAUAUCCAGGAGAGACUUCACGAUGAGAUCACAAAAGUGUUACAAGGCAGACCGCUAGCUCCGGGCGAUAUUAAUCAAAUGCCUUAUUUAAAGGCAUGUGUUAAAGAGGUUUUAAGAUUGUUUCCCGUUGUAAUUGGAAACGGUAGACAAUUGACGAAGGAUACAGUUAUUUGUGGUUACAACAUACCGAGAGGGACUCAAGUAAUCUUCCAACACUAUGUGAUGGGCAACUCGGAGGAAUAUUUUUCUGACGCUUCCGAGUUCAGACCAGAGCGUUGGAUCCAGAGGUCGACGUACAAACAUCAUGCCUUUGCAUCUUUACCCUUCGGCUUCGGCAAGAGAAUGUGCCUCGGUCGUCGGUUUGCUGAACUUGAAAUGCACGUUGCUCUUUGCAAGAUCGUGCAAGCUUUUAAGAUGGAGUAUCAUCACGAGCCAUUGGACUAUCAUAUACAUCCUAUGUACACACCAAAUGGACCACUAAGGUUAAAAUUUAUUGACCGAUAAAUUGUAAACUUUUUACUACGAAUGAAUGGAAUGCGCUCUCUAUAUAUG